GUUGUGCGCCUUAUGUCUACGGUUGCUGACCGGUGAUCACCGCGCUGUGGUGUUUUUGUCAUGUUGUGGAGUUCCGCUGGUCAGCGGGCAUGUGUUGGAGUUCUGCUGCGCCUCCGUGCUGUCAGGACCGGCGCGGGCACACACACGUGUCCGUGCCGUCUUCUGUACACGUCACGGUCUCCUGAACGGGUCCCCGAGCCGCUGAGGCGGUGGACUGUGGCCGUGGACCCGUUCGGGACGGUCCGUGCACAGCUGGCCUGCAGCAUCUCCGUUGUCCCGCUGGACCCGCACUCCUUCCCUGAUGCCGACCGAGCCGUCAUCACUGUACGCGGAACCGAGGAGGAGGAGGUCAGCGUGGGUCACCUCCGCGCCCACUACGACGACCGGAGCAAAGAGCUGCUGAUUUCCGCGGAGGACGUGAACAGCAGCGUGUCCGUGGAGCUGGCCGCGCCCAUCAGAAACAAUUUGCACAUUACAGUUCAUGGAAAAGGCAGCGUUCAGGUGAAGAACAUGGAAUGUGACACCUGCGAAGUGCGAAUGGAGACGGGAAAUUGUCUGCUGCACUCUGUCAAGGCUCACCAGGUUGAGGUGCAGUCCUGUGGAGGAAACGUCACAGGUGUGGGGACCAUCCACGGCAACGUGGACAUUAAUGCACGUGGACAUGGUGCAGUAGAUGUCAAGAAGCUCCAGGGCAACAAAAUGACAGUUUCAACAGAACAUGGGCCUCUGAACGUCAAAGCCGUCUACUCUGAGUCCAGCUGCAUGUCCUCCUCCUCUGGGAGAAUAGAGCUGGGGCAUGUGCACGGGGACACAGCUGUGACAAAUGUGUCUGGAGAUACAGUUGUAGAUGGUUCAAAUAGUUUGCUGAAGGUUUUGUCUCACAGCGGAAGCAUUGAUGUCUACGUAGGAGAUGGCAGUGCUGAACUCCACAGUCAGGAAGGAUCGGUAUUUGUGCGGGUGACCCCAUUGUUGAGAGCUGGGGUGGAGCUCUGUGGAGCCUCGGUGGACAUCGGCCCAGAGGUUCCUCUACGUAGAGUAGCACAGAACACAACUGAAGGCCAAACCACAGUUACUGGUUAUAUGAACGCAGAGACUGAAGUAGCCAAGUGGGUUAAAGCUCGGGCAGACAGAGGCGCUGUCACACUGAAGACUCAAAGUUGGUUUGAGUCCCUGAAACUUGGGAGCUGAGUUAUGAGUGGCAGGAUUUCUGGAGCCAUGUUCCUGCAUCGGUGCAGGGUGCCUUAAAGGGGAAAUUACAAACGUUCACUCAGGACA